AUGUCAAAAACCUGCAGGUCUGAACAGUUGGACUGGCAGGGUUGGCAAGUCAAGCGAGCUCGCAUUUCUAUUUUUAUAGUUGCAUGCAUACAGACAGACUUAUCAUGCGGGAGCCUGUUUCGAGCAUCUGCAGGCGAGUUUGGAAAUACAGCAUGGCCAUAUGGUCCACGGAGAGUGUCAUUGGAGCGGCCUCAUUCAGCGCAGUAUGCGAAAGAGGUCCCGCACCAGAAUUCACACCCAAACCAGCGGCCAUCGUCAGCAAGGGCUGCACUAACAACCGCCUACAGGCCUGGAUCUGCCAGGGCGACCCCUCUCCGGCCUUCGUCUGCGGCAUCUUCUGUCCGAUCGGGAUCAACCCGACCAGCAUCAGCACAGCCCGAUCCUGCGCAGCCUGCAUCAGCACGGCCAGCGUCAGCACGGCCAGCCUCAGCACGGCCAGCUUCAGCACGGCCAGCCUCAGCACGGCCAGCCAGACCAGCCUCAGCCAGACCCGCCUCAGCACGACCAGCUUCAGCACGACGAGCAGCCUCAGCACGGAGACCAGCCUCUGCACGACCAGCAUCAACACCCCCUGGCCAUGUGAAGCAAAGGCCUGCACAAAGGCCUGCUUCUGCCCCUCCAAUGCAUGCCCCACUCUACUCUCAGGAGGCCCGCAGACCACAAUCAGCGCCUGCCUUCAGAGAGAGGCAGUCACAGGGUUUCAGCCAGAUGCUGUCAACAGAAUACAGCAAAGCCAUGGGCAGCGUACUGUUUCAGCAACAGGACUUUUUGGAUAAACGAGCAGCUGACACUUCAAAAAGUGCACACUCACAGUGUCGGACAACACUGAUGCACAACUGGCUCAUCGCCUACCAAAAGAGCCGGCUCCGUGCACGCAUGGCAUGCCGACCACUUUUUGGUGAAGGUAGCGACGCCAAAUUCACCUUCCCAAAGACUUAUGCACCGGCGCCACCACCUUUGACAAAACGAAAAGAGCGAAAAGAACGGGACUUGGAAGAGGAGAUUCGCCAGAUUGAGAUAGCUCUUGGAGGCCUGGAUUUCUCUGAAGCCAGCGAUUUCCUGCCGACAGUUGGCAUGAUGCCCAAGAAAGAGAUGCUCCACAAGGUGUUUCACAGGCUUGCAGACGAUGGGGAGGUGCAUAAAGAUGUUUUGUCGCAGUCUUUGGAGCUUCUAGGCAUUCGUCACAUCAAGCAGCCUUGGAUUGAAAAGAUCCUGUUGUCGGUCACCAGGUAUACUACGCUGAGCUUGGAUGAAUACAUGAAUUUUGUCCAUGCAUAUAUGGAUUUGCAGAGCAAAGAGUAUGAGAGUGCCUUCUAUCAGCUGGAUAAGGAUGGUUCUGGAACCAUCGAGGCCAAUCACUGGCAUGUCCAAUUGGCCGGCACAUCGGCUGGUGCACCUCAGGCUGGCGAGUUGUCCGAGCUUCUCUUGAGCAUCGGUAUAACUCCAAUGGAUCACGCAGCUCGGCUUGCAACGCCCGCGGGCCGCUGCUUGGCGAGCGCGGCCCAGCGCUUGCGUGAGCCGCGAGCCCAGCCCAGGUGA